CCGCGAUCUCUAUGGUGACUGGCUGAUUGACGGCUGAGAGAGACGCGUCCCGCUCCGCUCAUGUUAGUUUAUUUGGGUUAAUUUAGUUUAAUUAAUUAGAGUAGUUAAUUAAGUUUCCAGUGUCCAGCAAUGGCGAAGACUGACGGCAGCUCGUUCUUCAAGAGGUCCAGUGUGUUCUGGAUGCUGACGGUGAGCCUUGCGCUGGCCUUUUACACGUGGACGGUGUUCUGGCCGCGGGACGUCCCAUACGGCAGUCUGGGGCCGCUGGGAGCUCUGGCCAAACACAUGGUGGAGCAGCAUUACACAGUGAUCUAUUAUGGCUGGUUCUUCACCUGGCUCAUCCACCUGUGUGAGGCUAUGUUUGCACUGAAGCUGUGCAGUGAUAAAGGCAUCUUCAGCUCCUCCACUCGUCUGCUGUGGUUCGUUCAGACCUUCUUCUUUGGUUUUGCGUCUCUGGGUCUCCUGCUGAAGUAUAAACCGGACGGACGCCACAAACGCCACUGAUCCUGGAACAGCUUUUGCAGAUGAUCAUCACGUCUGAGGCCUUUACCACAGCUUUACCACAGUAAAUCAGUCCCUCUGUGAGGUAGAGCUAUGAGUAAUGCAGAGAUUAUUUAUCAUGUCUGCUAUUGGGAGCUCAUUUUAUUAAGAUAUUGAUAAUAAUAAUUGUGAAUAUCUUAAUUAUUUGGAGAUUUUAAUGAAGAGUGAAUGAAAUAGUUCUGAAAUGACUCUAAUGAUUGGAUUAUUACAGUUGUUUUCACAUGAUUAUUGGUUGUUCUGCUGGUAUUUAAAGGAGAGUUCACCUGAAAUCAGAAUAAAAUCAUCUAUUUUGGUCAUUUUCUCUCACUGAAGUGCUCCUGAAGCUUCUGUUUAACACACUAAAAAGAAGAUAUUUUGAAGAAUGUUUAAAACUGGUUUGUCAUUGACUACCACAGUAUUUGUUUUUCUUACUAUGGUAGUCAAUGGGUUUCAUUCUUCAAAUGAUCUCUAUUUGUGUUAAACAUAAGUAGGAGUCUCAUAAAGGUUUAUACCUACUUCAGUGAGAGUAAAUAAUACCUAUAUUUUGAUUUUAAGGUCCCUCUAAGUGAGGGAUCAUGUUUUUUUUUUAGUAUUUUAAAGUCAUUAAAUUAGCAUUAUAAAUGUUAAAUUAAGUGUAAUUUAUAGAAUUCAAAUCAUUCUGAAUGAGGCUGAUGUAGACGGUCACACAGAUCUCUCCACAGAUUGGCUGAAAUAUUUAAUUUUUAAUAUAAAAACUGCUGUGCUCAAGAUUAGUAAAUAUUGGGAGAUAUUUUUUCUUUGAUUAUCUACAGAACAAACCACUGUUGUCCAAUGACUUGCCUAAUGAAGCUAAUUAAAGCUCAGUACUAGUGUCUUGAUGAAUAUCUAGUCUAAUAUUAUUUACUGUCAUCAUGACAAAGAGAAAAGUUGUUAGAGAUGAGUUAUUAACACUAUUAUGAUCAUGAUGAAAUGUGUUAGAAAAUAUUGUUUCAUCUACUUUUUUAUUGCGUAAUCAGAAUCCCCACAGAUUAAAAUGAUGAUGUGUGUGUAAAACAUCUCGAAUGUAAACCGUGUGAGAGAGUUCUGUGAGUUGGGUUUUCACAACACUGCACUGUAAGAGUGUCCCAUUGGUUAAUCAGAAGUUCAGCGUGCACACACACACACACACACACACUUACACACUUACAUUUUCAACCUCUCGUAAACACAAAUAUAUGACAUUUAUCACUCGAGACAAGCAGUGCUACACUCAAUAAAAUAAUGUUUACUGCCUGUUAAAGCUGCUUAUUAAAACGGAGCUGAAUCAACACAAUUCUUUUGUUUUUUGGUGGAACAACUUAAUUUGUCAAAACAAUUCAGUUAACUUGAUCAAUUUAUGUCGGGACAACAAGAAGGAAUUGUGUGGGACCCUGCAAUUUUUAGCAGUGUAAGUAAUGGGGGUUUAUGAGGACUCUCCAUAGACAUAAUAUAUUUGAUAGAGUAAGAACUGCUUAUUAUAUGUCCCUCCCUCCCUCUAAACCAACAUUUCCAGAUGGAGAGCACACUGAGGAUUUUAAACAGAUGCAAAUAAACAAAUCAACUCUUUUCA